UUCUUUGUCGGCCUCCUCAAACGAUGCGGGUAUUACAAUCGAUGUCUUAGAUGCUGAACCUCCUACGGCUGGAGAUAGCUGGAGGUCUCUUGCUGGUAACUCGAGCGGAAGUAAUGGGAGUGAGAAUGACAGUGGGAGUGGGAGUGGGAGUGGGAGUGGGCCUAAUCCAAGUCAAAGGCGGACUACGUUCGGGGUUCCUCAGGUUGUACACCAGGGUGAACCAUUGAUGUCCGAACAAGGUUCACUUCACUCGAUGCACUCACACUUGAGCCCCUAUUCUGGACGUUCAUCUGAAUCGGCGCCUGCUUCGCGGCGAGGUUUAUCAGGCUCGACGUCCUCAAGGCCCUCUGCUCAUUCGCAAAUGCUCUCAGCGAGCAGCGGGGGUUCGUUGAUGACAGGCUCUCUAUCGUCACACGGGCGAAGAGCUGCUGGAGGUGCCAUAUCUCCCGCCUUGUCGGCUUUUGGUAGGACAGAUAUCGAGGAGGGCGACGAAGCUGACAACGCCCAACGAGUAUCCGUUCUCGGGCCCAUGCCGUCAUUCGCACUCUCAACGAAUCAUCCUCCUACGAUACGAUCUGUUGGGACUGUCGGUACUUCUACUGCGACUACGACAACGACUGGGUCUGAGGAGACGGAGGUGCUGGGAUGCCGUGGCACGACGGACUAGAACGGGAAGUGUGGGAUAGGAUUAGGGCGGACUUGCUGUGAUGAAAUUUUGUGAAUGCUUGAUUUAGUUGUGGACAUUUUUCGCUUUUUAUUACCUUUCUUCAUUUCUGGCUUGAGUUUUAUUUUUUGUUUGCUUUUUUUGCAUUCUUGGCGAUACCUCUCUUUGACAUUUGCGAUACCUCACAUUUGACAUUUUAUCACGACCGACGACCUAGUUUUGCUAGACUAUUGAUGAUGACGACCUCACGACUCCCUCUCUAUCAUGAACUGUACUUAUGCAUUGCUUGUCCUUCUUUGAUGGAGAUCGGUGCGAUGCUUUGAUAUCUCGACAUGAACUAGAUUCAUGAACGC